CGGGGUCCGGUGCGUCUCACGCCGCCGCUACUGCCGCUGCCGCCGCUUGUGCCGCUGCUGCGCCGCCUCCGCCUCCUCCCGCCGCCGCCGCAGUCGACGGGCAACAAAGACGUUAACGGCACCGGAAGGCUGGCGCCACAACUCACUACCUCAGAGCCGCGGGGGAGCCGGCCGGGGCCGCGGGAGGGGAGCCGGCCGCCCUGCCCAUCCUGUGCCGAAGCCUGGGCUCGGCGCUAACGCUGGCGCGCUCCCCUCAGCAGGACAGCGGCACUUCAGAGCGGCCCCCCCCCGCACGGCCGCGCGCCCCCUUCCCCGGAGAAGCCACCGGGUCGCCGCGAGGAGGCUGCAGCCGGGCAAGGCACCGCAGCCCUGCACACAGAGGAAGGGGGGGCGUGCAGAGUGACCGCUAGCCUCCGGCGAGCCCUAGCAGAGCCCCCCGUGGGGAGGGGAGCGAGCACAGAGCGGAGGAAGAGGCUGGCAAAGGGGCAGCGAGCGGAGAGAGCGAUUCUCUUUGGUUCCUUGUCUGGCUGUUCCCGGCAGGGGUGGGGGGGCAGGGUGCAUGCUCCAGCGAUGGAGCAGCAGCCGGCGCUCGGAGCCAAGGACACAUUUGCAAAGCGCUGGCAGCGUUGCUCCCUGGGGCAGAAGGCAACUAUGCACCUGCCUAGCCGAACGGGCCUCACCUCCAGCCGGGCUCCUUGCACGCUGCUUUCCCAGCUCCUGCUUUGGAUUUACUAGGAGCCAUUUUGUCUUUCACCCCCCUUUCCCCUUCCCCCCUCCCCCUUCUUCCCCUUUGUUAAUUCAAAACUGAACCAGAGAGGGGCUGGGGAGGCUGGAGCGGCGUCCUGCGGUGAGAGCUUAAAGAGCAGCUCACAGACCCCUUCCUCCCCAGGCAGGUGCCAAUUACAGAGCAGGGGGCUCGGCUGGGGGGGGCUUUUGCUUUGCUUUGUUUCUUUUUUUUUUUUUACCCCAUUUUCCCCUGAUCUCCCCCCCCAGCUCCCUCCCCCCGCCCCUUUGUUAGCUGGCGAGAGGAAUGAACAGCUGGUUUAAGCCGGGGGAAUAGGGCCCCUUCUCCUUUCUGUGCCAAAUCCCGGACGAUGGUGAAUUAUGAACGUGCCACAUCAUGAAGCUCUUGUGGCAGGUAACUGUGCACCACACCUGGAAUGCUGCCCUGCUCUCGGUCGUCUACCUCACGGCGCAGGUGUGGAUUCUGGCUGCAGCAGCUGCCUGGGCAGGAGCCCCGAACUGCCCCUCCGUCUGUUCCUGCAGUAACCAGUUCAGCAAGGUGGUGUGCACGCGCCGCGGCCUGGCCGAGGUCCCUCAGGGCAUCCCUUCCAACACCCGCUAUCUCAACCUCAUGGAGAACAACAUCCAGCUGAUCCAAGCGGACACCUUCCGGCACCUGCACCACUUGGAGGUCUUGCAGCUGGGCAGGAACUCCAUCCGCCAGAUUGAGGUGGGUGCUUUCAACGGGCUGGCCAGUCUCAACACCCUGGAAUUGUUUGACAACUGGCUAACUGUCAUCCCGAGCGGGGCCUUCGAGUACUUGUCCAAGCUGCGGGAGCUGUGGCUCAGGAACAACCCCAUCGAGAGCAUCCCUUCGUACGCCUUCAACCGGGUCCCGUCCCUCAUGCGCUUGGACCUGGGCGAGCUUAAGAAGCUGGAGUACAUUUCUGAGGGGGCUUUCGAGGGAUUAUACAACCUGAAGUACCUUAAUCUUGGGAUGUGUAACAUUAAAGACAUGCCGAACCUCACGCCCCUAGUGGGGCUGGAGGAACUGGAGAUGUCGGGGAAUAACUUCCCCGACAUCAAGCCAGGAUCUUUCCAUGGGUUAAAGUCUCUCAAGAAGUUGUGGAUUAUGAACUCCCAGAUCAGCCUGAUUGAGCGGAACGCGUUCGACGACCUCACCUCGUUGGUGGAGCUCAACCUGGCCCACAAUAACCUGACCUCGUUGCCGCACGACCUUUUUGCCCCCCUGAGAUACCUGGUGGAAUUGCACUUGCACCACAACCCCUGGAGCUGUGACUGCGACAUCCUGUGGCUCUCCUGGUGGCUGCGGGAGUACAUCCCCACCAACUCCACCUGCUGCGGGCGCUGCCACGCCCCGAUGCACAUGAGGGGCAAGUUCCUGGUGGAGGUGGACCAGACCUCCUUCCAGUGCUCCGCACCCUUUAUCAUGGACGCCCCCAUGGAUCUAAACAUCUCUGAAGGACGAGUGGCGGAGCUCAAGUGCCGAACUCCCUCCAUGUCCUCUGUGAGGUGGUUGCUGCCUAACGGGACAGUUCUGAGCCACGCGUCCAACCACCCACGGAUAUCCGUCCUCAAUGACGGGACCUUGAACUUCUCCCAUGUUUUGCUAACGGACACCGGGGUUUAUACGUGCAUGGUCACCAAUGUGGCAGGGAACUCCAAUGCCUCGGCCUACCUCAACGUGAGCACGGCCGAGCUCAACACUUCCAACUACAGCUUCUUCACCACCGUCACGGUGGAAACCACAGAGAUCUCCCCCGAAGACAUCUCCCCAAAAUUCACUAAGCCAGUGCCAACGACUUCGACAGGGUACCAGCCGGCGUUCACCACCACCACCACGGUGCUGAUCCAGACCACCAAAACGCCCAAGCAGGUGGCGGUGCCCACCGCGGACACUAACGACAAAAUGCAGACCAGCCUGGACGAGGUGAUGAAGACCACUAAGAUCAUCAUCGGCUGCUUCGUGGCGGUGACGUUGCUGGCGGCGGCCAUGCUGAUUGUCUUUUACAAACUUCGCAAGCGGCACCAGCAACGCAGCACGGUGACGGCCGCCCGGACUGUGGAGAUCAUUCAGGUGGACGAGGAUAUGCCGGCGGCUCCAGCAGCUCCGACCAGUGUAUCAGGUGAGGGGGCAGUUGUGCUGCCUACAAUUCAUGACCAUAUUAACUACAACACCUACAAACCGGCACACGGGGCCCACUGGACAGAAAACAGCCUGGGGAAUUCGCUACACCCCACAGUAACCACUAUCUCUGAACCUUAUAUAAUUCAGACCCACACGAAGGACAAAGUACAGGAAACUCAAAUAUGACUUUUUUCAGAAAUUAUAAAUGCAAUAGAAUGCACAAAACAAAACAAGACAGCAACUUUUGUACAGAGUGGGGGAGAGACUUUUUUUCUUGUAUAUGCUUAUAUAUUAAAUCUAUGGGCUGAUAAGAGAAGCAGAUUAUAUUAAAAUUAAAAACCCUAUUUUCUAACUUGUAAGUUCUAUUUAAAGAAAAAGGGGUGGGGGGCAAAAUCUAAAUCUAAAACCAAACCGAUGCCAGAACGACUUUCUGGAGCGAGGCUGAGAACACAACUAGCGAAGGGACAGGCGGGGAGCGGGGGAAGGAAGUAUCACAGAAUGCGGUAACACAAACCUGUUUCUACAAAGAUCUUUUCUGAAAGCCCAACAUCGAUAUUUACAGAUUUAUCUUAUUUAAAAAAAUAAGGAAAAAAGCGCACCAAGAAUUUUUACUGUGCCAAAACGUUACAAAUGCAAUA